AUGGAGCCCUUUAUUUUUGCGGCUUCCACACCACCGCUGUCGGUCAAGCCACUGGAUGGAUGUGCAUCUAGGCCUCCUAGAUCAUCUUUCUGGGAUAUUCUCACUAAAGGUAAAGGAGCCACUUAUAUGAAGGAGAGAGUGUACUUGAUUAAAAAGGGACUUAUGAUAGUUUCUCUGGAAGGAGGAAACAAAUUGCUACCAAAGGUCACGAUAAAUGAGAAGCUUUUUCAAGAACUAUACAAUCUUAGGAAGGAGGCAUUAUUCAUUAAACUUAUUGAGAAGAACAUGGGAUAUCAUUUGAUGAAGGAUAGGUUGAAGAAUAUGUGA